AUGGACACCUCAAAGUCUCUUGUGGCCCUGUCCUCCUUUUACGAAUUCACUCGCCUUUGCGAACGAAUAGGAGAUGAGCCCUCCUACACGCAAAAGGUCGAGGUGGUGAAGGCCCACCUCAAGCCCCUUCUGGCCUCCGGCAGCAAGAUGAAGCUGAGUGAAGAGGAGCAGGCGGCAACGGCUACGGUGGUGCAACUCACCUGCGGCCUACUACUGUGCAAAGAUGAUCGCAAGCGCGUUUACAACCUUCGCGACCGCAACAUGGCCAAAUUGAUGGCCCGGCAUUGGAAAUGCCCCGUCGAGGACGUGCUCCAGGACAUUGCCGAGGGCGACGUCUCAGAGACUGCCAAGAGGUUCUUCAUCUCGCACGGAAAGCCGUGCAGCCGAAGCACGUUCACGCUACAAAAGGUGGAAGGGUUCCUCAACAAGCUGGCCAACCUCACCAAGGAGGACGACCAGUACCAAAAAUGCCCGCGGGGCAUGUUUGCGGAGAUCAAGUACGACGGCGAGCGCAUCCAGAUACACAAAAAGGGCGACGAGUACGCGUUCUUUUCGCGCAACCUCAAGAAAAUCCUCGAAUGGAAGGUCGCCGCUGUCAGGGACUACAUCACUGAGUCGACGGAGGCGGAGUCGAUCAUCCUGGACGGCGAAAUUCUGCUGAUGGACACCAAGACCAGCAAACCCCUGCCCUUCGGCUCCCUCGCCAUCCACAAGAAGAACGAUUUCCAGGACGCCACGGUGUGCUUGUUCUUGUUCGACAUUCUCUACGUCGAUGGCAAGGUCGUCAUGAACGAACCACUCAAGAAGCGGCGCCAGAUCCUUGAGGAGAGCGUGACGUCGAUCCCGCACCGCAUUGAGUUCUCGGAGUACAAGGAAAUCAGCGAUCUCACCACGGGGGAGGAGGCCCUGACCGAGAUGAUGGACCGCGUGCUCAAGGAAGGCCUCGAGGGCCUCAUGAUCAAAGACAUCGGCGACGUCUACAAGCCCGAUAAGCGUCACUGGCUCAAGCUUAAGAAAGAUUACUUGGCGGGCAUGGCCGAUUCGGCGGACCUGGUGGUAUUGGGUGCCUACUUUGGCACGGGCGCGUAUGGCGGCAUGAUGAGCGUGUUCCUCAUGGGCAGCUACGACCCCGACGAAGAGAAAUGGAAGGCACGCAGCCGCAACACUGUGUGCAAGGCAGGCAACGGGUUCGACGACGCGGCACUGAAGCAGCUGCAGAAGCAGCUCCGUCCGCACAUGAAACAGAUUCACAAGAGCUAUGACAAGUGGAACCCUCAUAAGAUGCCUCGUCACAGACUCCACGUGCCCGAUUUCAUUGUGACGGACCCCGAGCAAGCUCCGGUCUGGGAGGUGGCAGGCCAGGGCUUCACCGAUUCGAAGCACCACACCACGUUGUCGAUCCGAUUCCCGCGAGUCACGCGGAUACGCGACGACAAGGACUUCUCCACCCACACCGACGUCGUCCACCUACGCGCCCUCGCCCAGGCCUCGGCCGAAGGGACCAGCAUGACCAAGGCCAAGUCGGCGGCCAAGAAGGCCUCCGGCAUCGGCACGCUCGAUAUCAAAGGCGGCGGCAAGCCCGUGUCCAAGGUCGGCGCCACCACCAGUUCCAGCAGCUCCAGCGCCAGCGCCAGCAAACCCAAGACCACCACCACCGCGACCAUCACCAACUGGAUGGGCAAGCCCAAGCUGGCUCCCCAGACAAAGCCGGCGGCGGCAACGCCCGACGGGCUGACGGUGGUGAAGGCGGGCGCGGGCGGCGGGGCCGAUCUCCGCGCGGCGCUAAUCAAAGCCGGCGCCUCGGCACCGAAGGCCGCCGCGCCCGCCGAUCGGCGCACGAUGCUCGUGCACUGCGUCAACGACGCCGGCGCGCUGUCGGCCGACGUCGAGGACCGGCUGGGCCUCCUCUGGGCGCAGUCCGCACGCGACGCCUGGACCCAGCACGCGGCCGGCGGCGACGAUGACGAGCAAGAGGCGCCGCUCGGCGAAAUCCAAAUGGCC